CUAAGUUACUACAAGUUGGCUAAAUUAACAUAUUAACAGUUACGAGAGUCAUUUAGAAAAUAAAUACAGUGUAAGUGUUUUAAGUUUUGUCCGUUAUGGAAGGACGACAGCGAAUUAACUGGUGUGAAUGUGUCGGUAUUUCUCAGUUUUAAUAAUAAAUGUACCGCAGUAUCAUUGUGUGGGUUUUGGUUACCUCUGCCAGCAGUUUUCAUAUGUUGCAGUUUUCCCAGCUGCAUUUGAGUGAAAUUUAGAGCCUGUUAUUGCCAUGUACAUGCUGUCUUUUCAAGUAAUGUAUUUACAACAACGUCAACCUGCAUUUGGUCUUUUUUAUCGUCCUUAUUCAUCAUAAGUAUGCGCCUCUGUUUUGUUGACUUCAUGUUGUAAACUCACACUUUCACUUAAUAUUUUGCUCACCUGAUACCACACACCGACCUUGCUCAGUGUGUAAGGUGUGUAAGUUUAUUUGACCUUUGGCGUGGCUUGUUGGCAAAUUCGGCGCUUGGUGAGAAACACAGAAUCCUCAGCUUGCAGUGUUUACACAAGUCUCUUAUCUGUGUAUAUCUCAUGUGUUAUAAGGAAGUUUUAAAGUCAUUGAUCAUCAACAUGAUUUAUCAGUUAUUAUCAGUGCAUUCUUUAAGUCAGUGUUUUAACAGAUAGUGUGAAAUAAAGCAUGGCUGGAAAGAGAGGAAGCAUAGGAAAUUCACAUACUUUCACAUAACACUGAGUCACAUGUCAGUUCAAUAUGUACUUUAACAUGAUGAGCUUCCAAAAAACAUUAAAUUUCGUUUUUAAAAUAAAAUGUUUUAUUCGUUUUUGCUGCUCUGAGGAAUAAAACAGUAAUGUCAAAGUGGCUGAAUGACGGGGAAGUUUUGGUGGGGCAGGGUAGUGGUGAGGCCGUGAUGCUGAGCCCCAGAUUACGGACUCUGCUACCCGGGAGCCCAAGAUCAGGUCAGUUGCGAAGUCCACUGGCUUCCCCCAGUACCAGAGAGUCAGUGGCAGGAAAUCCACAGGCAGAAGUCAUGGGUAAAGCCAAGGAGCUGUUUGAGUUGUGUGACAAAGAGGGCAAAGGGUUCAUCACAAAGAGGGAUAUGCAGAGGCUACAAACAGAGGUACCGCUAUCGCCUGAACAACUGGAGACGGUGUUUGAAAGUCUUGAUCGAGAGAGCAUUGGGUUCCUCACACCUGCUGAGUUCAACACAGGACUUGGAGAGUUGGUGGGACUAGAUGAAACAAUGGAGCAAAGUCACAAUGAGGAAGAAGACAAUAAUGACCAGGUGGAGUGGUUCCAGGACCCUGCCGCAAGCCGAUUUGUUAACAUACUGAUGGAGCUGGGUGCUGACAAACUCUUUAAAGACCAGCAGGAGCUCUGUACUUUGUGGUGUGACCUCCAGAGGGACAGACCAGAGCUGCUGAAUGUCCUGGAGGGUGUCCUGGUCCACGCAGUGUCCCACUUACAGGACUCGAUCCGAGACAGAGACAGUCUGGAACAGGCUCUGCGCAGACGAGAGCUUGAACAUGAUCGGGUUGUUCGGUCCAUAUAUGAAGAAGUGGAAACCCAAGUCAGAGAGGAGAGAGAGAAAUACUUAGCUCAGGACAGUAUUAGACAGAAGCACAAAGGGCAACAACUUAAAGAGGAGCUACAGAUCCGUGAGCAAGAGUUGGAGAACAUGCUGACCAAACAGAAAGAGCUGGAGAGCAGAAUCCACCAGCUGAGUCAUGAGCAGGCAAACAUCAAGCAGCAGAAUCAGCAGUUGCGGAGCCUCAAUGCCCAGUUACAGGAGCAGGUGGAGAGCAGCAAAGAGCAGCUGCAGGCAGCUCUGGGUCAGCUCAGUCUGCUGCAGCUCAGUGCUGCCCAGGAACAAAUGGCCAGACAGAGGAAUGUAAUGAAAGUGUCAAGAAACAUGCAGAAAGAGAAGGAUAGUCUCUUAAGACAGCUGGAACUAUUGAGGGACAUGAACAAACGGCUACGAGAUGAAAAAGAUGCCCAGCAGUCUCAGAAGGGGAGUCCAAAUGAGACUAAGAGAUUGCAGAAGAAAGGGUCUAUCAUAGGUAACUACUUACAACAAGACAAGCCAUUGAAAAGACAGCUGAGCUUAACCCCUGAGUUGGAACUGGAGACAGAGACAGAGGUGACAAAUUCCUCCAAGAGACACCAGCCUUCAUAUAAAGUCAGGUCUGAGAAAGUUGAUCAGGCACUAACUCAGAGCAAAGGUGUCAGUCAGAGUGUGUUCAAGGUGGUAUUCCUAGGUAACUCAGGAGUUGGUAAAAGCUCCUUCAUCCAGCACUACUGCACAGGCCGCUUCUUCAGUAAAAUGAAUGCUACUGCGGGUAUAGAUUUUCAGAUGAAGACUUUAACUCUGGGCUCCACCACCAUCACUCUGCAGCUCUGGGACACUGCAGGGCAGGAGAGGUUUCGUAGCAUCACUGAGCAGUACUACCGUAAGGCUGACGGCAUCCUUGCCAUGUAUGACAUAACUCAACCCCUCUCCUUCACCGCAGUGAGAGGCUGGAUAGAUACUGUGAAGGAGAAGAUGUGUGAAGGUGCAGUGCUAAUGCUUCUGGGUAACAAGCUGGAUCUCACAGACAGUGACAACAGAAAAGUGACAACAAGGGAUGGUCAGAAACUGGCAGUGCAGCACCAGGCUGUGUUUUAUGAGUGCAGUGCCAAGACUGGACAUAACAUGGGGAAGGCGAUGACUCAUUUGGCUGAGUUGUUAAUGGCCCAGAACACCCAACAAUGUGGAGACGUACUUUUACUGACAGAGGACCCUCCUAAAAGCAGCUGCUGUACAUAACCAUAAGAGUGCUCUCAUCCUGUUUACCUGACAUGGUUUAGUAAUGUUACAUUUUGGUUGUUGCAACAGCUGGAGAUUUGUUGGAAAUGCCAACAACAGAAGGAUAGAUCAGGUCAAAACACAAACAGUGCCAUUUUACUGUGAACAAGUUUACUACACCCUAUCUGCGAUGUGUUAUGGAUCAUUUAAUGCAACCAAUAAAUAUAUUUUUGAUUA